UUUAUGUGUUAGAUUUGCAUGGACAAAUCUGUUCUGUACUUACACCAUAGCUGGAUUUGAGAUUGAUUUGUGUUAUCAGCUUCCCAUAAAAUGGACCAUUCAUACAUAUAAGUUGUCUGCCUGUUAUGCAACGUUUCAUGACCUUUGGAAGAGAUGCAUGCGUGGACACCUGCAAUGUGGACAAAUGCAAGAGGGAGCGGACCGGAGACUCCACCAUGGCAGGAGAUGAAGUUCGGCAGAGGAAAGGAGGUGGCCGCAAGAAGCCCAAAAAGGGGAAAGGGAAGGGGCAGGGUGGUUUGGAUCGGACUGGCAGUCUAGAGGGGCAGAAUGACCUCCUGUUACCCCCUCCCACCAUACCACUCAAAAAGCCUGUGGAAGACAGGACCAAAACAGCCCAGGCUAAGAUAGAGGAUGAGUCGGCUGUUUCUAUCUGCCUGCAGGUGCUGUUCCCCUACCUGCUGGCUGGGAUGGGGAUGGUGAUGGCAGGCAUGGUGCUGGACAGUGUGCAGCAUUGGGAUGUGUUUAAAGUGAUCACAGAAGUGUUCAUCCUGGUACCUGCUCUGGUCGGGCUCAAAGGAAACCUGGAGAUGACUCUAGCAUCUCGUCUCUCUACUGCUGCUAACACCGGACAGAUGGACGACCCCAAACAGCAGUGGCUGAUGAUGACCUGUAAUCUUGCUCUCAUUCAGGUUCAGGCCACUGUGGUGGGCUUCCUGGCAGCUCUUGCGGCCGUAGGUCUCGGUGCUCUGUCCAGAGGGGGUGUAGAGCUGGACCAGGCGGCUGUCCUGUGUGCUAGCAGUGUUACCACUGCAUUUGUGGCAGCUCUGUCCUUAGGUCUGGUGAUGAUCGGUGUGAUCAUUGGCUCCAGGAAGGUGGGCAUCAACCCUGAUAAUGUGGCCACACCGAUAGCAGCCAGUCUGGGAGAUCUCAUCACUCUUUCUCUGUUGGCUGGAGUCAGCAGCACACUGUUCCAGUACAGAGAUGUGUGGUACUUGUCCCCGUUGGUGUGUGUCUUCUUCCUGCUGCUCAUUCCUCUCUGGGUGCUCAUCGCUAGACGGAGUCCACAGAUUAAAGAGGUUCUGAAGUCCGGCUGGCAGCCUGUUAUAGUGGCCAUGUCCAUCAGCAGUUUCGGAGGCCUUAUUCUUGAUAAGACUGUGAGCGAUCCAAACUUUGAGGGAAUGGCGGUCUUCACACCAGUCAUAAAUGGUGUGGGGGGGAAUCUGGUGGCCAUCCAGGCAAGUCGGAUCUCCACCUACCUUCAUUUGUGGAGCAUACCUGGAGUCCUGCCCUAUAAGAUGAGACAGCACUGGCCCAACCCCUGUGCCACAUUCUUCUCCUCAGGUGUGAACUCUAAGUCAGCGCGGGUGCUGUUCCUCCUGGUGGUUCCAGGUCAUCUGUUGUUUCUUUUUGCCAUUAAUAUGCUCCAAGGAGGCCACACUGCCAUCACGCCAGCAUUUAUCUGCUGCUACUUGGGUGCUGCUCUGCUUCAGGUUGGGAUACUAAUUUAUACAGCAGACCUGAUUGUGCGUUUGGUGUGGAGGAAAGGUCUGGACCCGGAUAACUUCUCCAUCCCAUACCUGACUGCGCUGGGAGACCUGUUGGGCACGGGUUUCCUGGCCCUGUGUUUCCGUUUGGUCAUGUUAGUGGAGGGGCUCGGCUUGUAAAAUGCUAGACCCCCCCCCCCACCACUUCCUACUCCAGCUCCCAGUUCACGGGACCUUUGCUGCCGAGGUUUUGGAGAUGUGAACUUGUCUGUGGGAAGCUAAAGACAGAAUAUCAGCCACAUUGUUUUUGUGCUUACAGGAUAGGUUGACUAGAAAUAUGAAAAACAUCGGCAGGUAUGUUCUUAUUACCUGACAGCCUGUUAUAUGAUUAUACUCUUGGUGUGUUGUCCUCGCCUCAGUGAUGCUGCUUUCAUACACACUAGUCGCCUGAUUACUGUAUAUUAAGGUAUAACUUUAGGUGCAAGUGUUACAAAUUUUUAUGUGCCAUGUAUAAAUAGAAUUUGAAGUUUACAAGAUUUAAGACCUUGAAGGAUUCUGGGAUGUUUGUUUGAUAUUUAUUAUUUUUUUAUUUUAAAUAUUGUUUUUGAAUAUAUGAUUUAGAAUUGAUUUCAAAGAAAAUGGGAAAGUCUCAAAACUUUGAAGGUCAUUCCUUUGCUGUUUUAGUAACUACAUACAAGGUCAUAAUUGCUGCUAGAUAUUUUUACUGGAUACUAUAUCUCAUAUAUAGAGAGUCUACUGUACCUCUCAGCUUGUAAUUUUUUUGCACCUGAAAUAUUUUUUUCUCAAAAUACCACACUUUGGAAAAAGGCAAAAUCUUAUAAUGAAUGUAAUUGUUUGUUCACUUGAAUGAAUUGAUGGCAAUUAUAUUGUUCAUGUGGCAGUUUUAUUCAACACAUUUGUAAUAUCUUCACUCUGAAUUAUAAUUAACCUUAAUCACAUGAUUUAUCUACAGUUGAGUGUUGUGGUCCCUAAAACAGUAAAACAAACAAAAAAAAUAUUCACAUUUUUCCAGAAAACAAAGUUUCACUGUCGUACCAGAGGCAGUGUGCCUUUAUAAUUAAAUGUUAACAAAAAAAAAAUUAAAGCACAUGAAAUAGUCACGGUUGGUUGAUGUAUUCCCUGUUGUCCUCUAAAAAAAAUUUAAAAGUUUAUUUACCCUUCAAAGCAAGAUUCCAUACUGUCUAGUGCACAGUUUUGCAGCACAUGUAUGCCCACAAGCUUUCAAAACAGGUGCAAACUGUUAAGUUACAUCACAAAUGGCACAUACUGUUGCCACACUCUCAACAGCUCAGCUCAUACAGUGAAAGGCUUUCCCACACUCACAUUUCCCAUAUGAAUCCUCUAACAACACAUUCAUAAUUUGACAUCAGAAUAAUGACAUUAUGACAGGACAAAAGCACUGGGACUCCUGCAACUUUCAAAUCGAGACAUGACAUUCCUCUUCAAAUGAUUAAAUAUAUUGCCCAUUGAAAUGUAUUAUAAACCUAGACUUAUAGAUGACUCCCUUUGUCCUUACAAAAGGCUGUAAUAUUCCAGCUCAAAAUUGAAAUGAAGCCUAACUAGCUAGAUAGAAAAUAUUUUCCAACAAAACAUUUCCAAGAGCAAUUUGGGAAGGUUCGUUAUGCAAUGUGGCACACAAGGUACCCACUGGUGCACCAGGACAUGUCUGCCUGUCAGCCAGAUAUUAGUCAGACUCCUUCUGACCCUUUCUCUAAAGAUUUCAUCAUCAUUUCAACCAUAAAAGCCUAUAUAAAUAGCCUUUUUCGCAGACAAGAAGAAAUACCUAAA